AUGUGUCAUCUUGUCCAAACGUGGGGGAAGACCGUCAGCACGAUGACACUGAUGUGCGGCCACCAAAGCGUUCACGGAUUAAUCAUGGUACCAUUCAUGGCUGAUGUGCCAGCACCGUUUAGCGACGCAACCAAUGGAGAGUGCAAAAAUCAAUGGGAGUAA